AUGCCUGUUGAAGAAAACUACAGUAACAUUGAGAGAGAAGCGCUUGCGUGCACUUGGGCAAGUGACCGUUUAAAAUGUUUCCUGAUGGGUAAAAUGUACACAAUUGAGAGCGACCACAAACCGCUUGUCUCAAUUUUCAAAAGACAAAAUUUGGAAGAGCUCUCACCGAGGCUACAGCGAUUCCGAAUGCGUAUGAUGAGAUACGAUUAUCGCAUGACCUGGACCCCAAGAAAAGACCUUGCCAUAGCAGAUCUGCUAUCGAGAUGUCCUAUUCCGGCUAAUGAAGAUGGCGAAUUGACAGAAGAAGUGGAAGCCUUCGUCCAUGAAAUCAGUAUGAUUAGAAUAAACACUACAGACGAAAAUGUGACAAAAGUACUUCACUCACAAAUGAGGGAUCCAAUAUGUGCACAACUCAAGCUAAACAUUUUAGACGAAUGGCCUGGAAAAUCAAGUUUACCUAAUGGGAUUCAAGAAUACUUUAACGUGAAAGACGAGUUAAGUUGUAUUGAUGGGUUAUUGCUUCGAGGAACUCGGAUGAUAAUACCUCAUGAACUACGAGCGGAAAUGCUUGAGAGGCUUCACAGUGGGCACUUGGGAAUCACAAAAACAAGGAAACGUGCUUUGGAAACCAUGUGGUGGCCUGGAAUUUCUCAAGAAAUAGAAAGAAAAAUAAGAGACAAUCUUCCAUAUACUUUGGUUGGAAAUCCUGUUGAAAAUAAAGACUUUUUUGAGAGGGAGAAUAAGUACCAGUCGAAGUAA